GUGACACGUUCACUAAAAAAAAAUCCUUUUGUAGCGAAUCAUUUAUUAAGAAAAAUAAAUACACUUAACACAAAAGCAGAAAAAGAAAUAAUAGUAACCUGGUCCCGAGCGUCUACCAUUAUACCUACAAUGAUCGGGCAUACUAUUGCUAUCCAUAAUGGAAAGGAGCAUUUGCCUAUUUAUAUAACGGAUCGUAUUAUAUAUAUAUAUAUUAUAUAUAUUAUUAUAUUAAUUAUAUAUAUUAUUAUAUUAUUUUAUUAA